GCUAAAAUUGGAAGCUUAACUGACUGAGCCGGGCGUCCCCAUGAAUUCUCAUUUCUAUUUAAAAUUUCUUACAUGUGAACAGUGUUUCGCACUUUACAAAGUGUUUUCGUGUACAGUUUUAUCAUUUGAUGCCCAAGGUGGCCUUCCUGAAGUCGGCAAGGAGGUCUUAAUUUACAAAGCAGCAAAUAGAAAUCGAAAUUGAGGAAGGAUCAGUCAGCUGCAUCCCAGUCCAGAGUUCUUAAUCCUUUUUUUACAGAAGGUUUAGGAGACUUUAAAAUCAGUAAUAACUUAAUGCAACAUAAUUUUUUUUUUUUUUUGACUUGGUAUUUGAUCUCUUACUUGGUCAGAUUUAACUGAGGUUUUGAAGCUCGUUAAUUUGGAUCCCACACCUUGGAGAGGAGGAGCAGGGGUAAGGAAGAAUGUAGCUUCACUACGCCUUUGACGUCAUUUGGAGAUUCGCUUCAGCUCCUGAAGUCUCUUCCCGAGAGGGUGGAUUGAAAUUCAUUACAAGGGCCUGAGAAGAAUGGAGACUGGUCAAAUAGUCACUAACAAGAGCAAGUCAAGCAGCGAAGUGGGGACUUGUUUUCCUGCCUCGUGGCCUCGCCCCUUUCGCAAGGACUGGACUUGUGUUUAUUGAGUUGCAGUGUUUCGCCGACAGUGGGUGCUGCGCCCUGUCUUGUGACAUUGAACGCUAUCUCGUGUCAAAGGAAGUAAGCUGUGAUAUCAUAGAGGAUUCACUUGGAACUCUGCGGGGUGCUGGCUGACGGUGAUGAGAUGCCCACCGAGACAUGAAGAUUUCAGCUGCUGGUCUCAUCCUUGGGAGCCUGGUGUUAGCCUUCUCUCUGCCUUGGGUGGUGGCUUUGCCAAAAACACUGGCCAUCCCUAAGAAGCUGCAAGAAGCCGUGGGGAAGGUGGUUGUCAAUGCCACAACCUGUACUGUCACCUGUGGCCUUGGCUACAAGGAAGAGACAGUCUGCGAGGUGGGCCCUGAUGGUGUGAGAAGAGAGUGUAAAUCUCAGCGCUUGGAAUGUCUGACCAACUGGAUCUGUGGAAUGCUCCAUUUCACCAUUCCCAAAGGGAAGGGAUUUGAGCUCAGCUGUCUGAGUUCAGACAUCCUGGAGAUUGGGCAGGAAGCAUUCCGGUUCACCUGGAGACUUGCCCGGGGUAUCAUCUCUACUGAUGAUGAGAUCUUCAAACCCUUCCGAGCCAGUACCUACUUUGUGAGGUUUCCCUCUGUUCAGGAGUACGACUCUGGGACAUACCGGUGUGAUGUGCAGCUGUUAAAAAACUUGAGACCUGUCAAGAGACUCUAUUUUGGGCUGCGGGUCCUUCCCCCUGACUUGGUGAACCUGAAUUUCCAUCAAUCCCUCACCGAGAAUCAGAAGUUAGUUGAUAAGGGCCUGGAAGUGAAUCUAGACAACCAGUCCGAGCCUCACCGCCCACGGUGGAAGAAGAAGGUGGCUGUAGCCUUGGGAAUAGGAGUUGUCGGUGGAGUGGCUGGUGGUGUAUUGAUGGCCAUUGCUCUGGGCUUUGGGCUGAGGGUGGUCUAUAGAAGUGCUGGCCUUGAGUCCUUAAAAGCCCUGAAGGACUGGCUGCCCAGGACCCUGGACUGGCUGUUUAGGAAGCCAAGCUAGCUCUUCAAAGGAUUGUCUGGCUGAGUGAUUGUGGCUCAGCCAGGAGGGAGGGCUUCCACUGCCAAAAGUGAGUGGGGCCCGGGGACAGGGGCAACACCAUGGUAGCGUGAUGGGCAGUGCUCUGCCUCUCCGUGUCCCAGAUGGAUCUCUUCCUGAUCUUUCCUGCCCACGUGGCACCUCCCCUGUCCCCGGGAAGAAGAUUCUGUCUUCAAGCUCGCAGUCAUUAUCUUUCACAAUUUGAGGCCUCUCUACCUCCAUCCCUUCCUCUGAGUGGUAUAAUCACAUAAAGGAUAUAUUAAUAGCUUGUCUAGUGGAAACCUUUUUUUCCUCUUCAAUAAAAAUAAUUCACAGUGGCUGUGU